ACCUACACCCGUUGACAUUGAUGUGAACAUGACGUUUAAACAAUUGUCAACAAUUAGUAUGGUGGAUUUCUUCUAAAUUAGUGAGAAAAAACACAAUAAAGUCGAGCUGGAUUGACGAAAAACCGUACGGAUGUGAAAGCAGAACCUGUGAAACUAGUGCCAGCUCUAAGAGACAUUGGACGAUUUCUAAAAGUGCGUGUGUUUGAUUAUAUGUGAAGAUUGCCCAAUGAAUCGCCUACUGUCCUAUUUUACUUUUGGUGUUUUCCGUUAAUUGGACUAUUUUGCUCGAUUUAAUUCACUGGGAGUUUGCAGAAUUCAUUCCCAAUGGACAAGGAGCGAGAGCUGUUGAUUCACGUGUCGUCUGAUGAAUGCGGAGGAAGCGGUGGCGAGCCAGAUAGUGACGAAGACGUCGUCACUGACUAUCACGCCGAUUUCGACGCAGUCGCUGGCGACUCCAGGAUGUUGCCGGCAGCAGCCCCUCGACCGCCGGCGGGCCCCCUUCCCACAAUCAGUGUCACCCCGCAUUCCCCAGCGGCCGCCCCCCGAACCUACGCCGUCUUGGAAGACAGUCUUCAACAAGUUCGAGAACUACACGAAUCCGUACAGCUUAUGAGGAACGCGACAGCUUCAAGUACUGGUUUUUCGCAUAACUCAAGAGAAUUCGCUGCGUUUACGCUCAAUCCGCUGCUGGCUCAAGUGGCUCGAUUGAGCGCCAGUUGCCCAGCUCUGAACGAAGCCGGCCAGGAACCCGAUGCAUUUGGCGGCUCUUUAGGUUCUUCGCCUUUGCAUCAACCGCCAAGCCGGAAAGGAAGCGGAGCUCAAGACUGGCUGGUUCAACCAGAAACUCAAAGGAGAAAAUCAUGGACUGCCCUGGAAGACUUAUCGAAUACCGGAAAGAUGAAGCAUGCACGGCAAAGGAGUAUAUCACUAAGUUCAAUGGAAUCAGAAGCAGACGAGUCAUCGUUGAUCGACAACGUUGAUGGGAGUACAGUGAGACUGUUGGGGCCGGACGCUCCGAUCAUCAUCAGACACAGAGCCAGAGUUUCCACAGGGGGCGCCAGCACUCAUUCCCUCAAUGAAGCCGAUCUGCAAAAUGACUUCAAUAAAAUCAAAGCCAAGAGGGAGGCUGAACAUAUCAGACUGUUGCCUCAAAGGCUGCCUCUGCAAAAGUCGGUUUCCACGCCCUCUAUAAUCGCCGUUAGGGAGCUGGCGCCUGAACCGGUCCUUGUUGGAGUCCCACCCACAUUACCCUUGGGCAGACCGAGCGGAACAGAGAGCGAAACCGAAGAAGAGGGCAGCAGAUCUGGACAUAUGCCUCAUUAUGACGUUCACUACAAGCAGCAUCUACAUGAUAUUCCGUACGAUCGUCAUUCGGAGAAAAGGCGAAAAAGAGGAAGCUUAUUCUUCAGGAAAAAAAAAGAUAAAACCAAGAAGGCUUCAACCCACCAGUGGGUUUCGGCCUGCUAUGGUUCUUCGCACAUUUGCGACGUUUGUGCCAAACAUUUGAGCAAUAAGCCUGCUCUAUACUGCGAAAUUUGCGGCACGACUGUGCAUCAAAACACCUGCAAGGACAACAUACUCGAAUGCGUUAGCGUGAAGAUCAAAGGCGCCAAAAGUACCAGCAAACUGAGCGGAUUUGGGGUGCCGUUGUCUUCAGCGAAGAAUCUCAGCUCCAAGCGGGGCUCGGGCUCGGUGCCAAAUCCUGUUAGUAGCUCGACAAGCCAAAUUCUUUGCGAUGAUAAAGAUAGCGAUUCGCAUCAUGGACAUCACGACCCCACAAAUUUUGCUGACGAUUUGGCGUUGGUUCAUUCGGAAUUCCUUUCCGACACAAGCGUGACCGCUUCGGAUUUGUGCUCUGACCUCAGUCUGAGGCUGCACGAAUCGGAACCCGAAACGUGGACACCGCAUGUGGGCAAAGAAGUGUCCCGCAAGCUGAAAGAGAAGGAGGUGAAACGCCAAGAGCACAUUUACGAGUUUAUUUUGACCGAAAAGCAUCAUUGCAUGACUUUGCUGGUGAUGCAAAAGAUUUUCGUUGACGGUUUGCAAAAGUACUUCAACCUUGGCCCGAAUUUGGAAAGGAUGUUUCCCCGACUAGCGGAUCUGACCGAAUUGCACCUGGAGCUGCUUUCGAGACUACGCCAGCGCCAAAGAGAAAGUCCAGUGGUCAGUUCCAUAGCGGACAUUUUGCUGGAACAAUUCUCAAAAGAGCACGCCGUCAAGCUCAAGUCUGCUUACGGUGAAUUUUGUAGCCGACACAGAGACGCGGUGGAAAUCUACAAAUAUUACGCGCAACAGGACGGGCGUUUCGGCGAAUUCGUUAAACAUUGCCAAACGAAUCCGCUGCUGAAGAAGAAAGGCAUACCAGAGUGCAUACUGUUCGUUACCCAAAGACUCACCAAAUAUCCCCUAUUGAUAGAACCGUUGAUAAAGACUAGCAAAGAUAACAAACAGGAGCAGGAGACUCUGCAGAAGGCGCUUUCCUUGGUGAAGGAGAUUUUAGUGGAAGUGGACGCCCAAGUGGCCGAGAAGGAGAAAGAGGACAGAAAGCUAGAUAUUUACCAUAGAAUCGACGCGAAGUCGUUUACGAUCCAUCGAGGCCACAAGUUUAAAAAGUCGGACAUUCUGCAAGGAAAUCGGUCGCUUAAAUUCGAAGGAGUGGCCAUGUUGAUGCAGGGGCGUGGCAAGAUGCAGGUGGUCUUGGUGAUUGUGCUUACGGAUGUUUUAUUUUUCCUGCAGGAAAAUUCCACCAAGUACAGCUUUUUCACUCCAGACAACAAGGCUGGCGUGGUUUCGUUACAGAAACUGCUUGUCAGAGAAAAGGCCGGUCAAGAUUCCAGAGGAAUUUAUCUAAUCUCAUCGAAUCCAGCCGAUCCGGAGAUGUUUGAGCUGAAAGUGCACAAGCCCAAAGACAAACAAGUCUGGAUACAUGCAAUCAGGGAAGCGGUUCAAAACUGCCCAGAAGAGGAGGAAGAUCCUUCCACAUUGAGCGCAGAGGAUAGACAGGGUCUUCUAAAUGCCAAGCAGCACCAAGUGAGAAAUCUCAUCGAAGCAGACGCGGACAUCGAAGCUUUAUUGAGGCAAAACGACAUAGAACAGGCGCUGCUAUUGGAGGAAAAAAUGUCGCUGCAACUGAAGCUGUUGGCUGCCUCCGGUUUGGAGCCUCCAUCACCGCCUGCGUACAGGCAUUUGGUCAGCGAGAGCGCCGAUACUGGCCAGAUGUGGAAAGAAGUGCUGACUGCGGUGCAGGUAACUUUUAUUUUAUAA